AUGCCUCGACCUGCAACGCGCCCAGGGAAUGCUAACAAACAUCCUGGACAGAUAGUUCUUGAAGCGAGUCGCGUAGCACGUCCAAAGGAUGUAAUUGCAGCUGAAAGAAAAAAGGCGUCAGCAGAGAAAUCAGCCAAGGCAAUCGCCUUAGAAGAUGCUCAAAAGAAGGUCGCUGCAACGGAAGAUGCUAUGGCUGUUGAGCAGACAGCUCAACGUGCUGGCCCAGGACGCCUUGUCAGACCAAAGCCUAAGCCGCGCCCAGUGACCAAGGCAGCGCCAACUGCAAACCCCGACAAGACGCCUGUUGGGGCAAAACCAGUGUCCAAAAGCACUGACGCCCCGAAGAAGAAAUAUCCAGGCUUGAAACUCACCUUCAAGGAUGGUGUCAACGCCAAUCGAAAGGUGUCCAACAAUGGUACAUCAUCUACAACGGGAUCUGAACACGCCAUAUCGACAGAGGAGGUGGAAGUGGGGAAGUGGGCUAAAAGCGUGGCAUCGAAGUCCCAACGGAAGCCAUCUGCGCCACCAAGUGCACAUGCCAGUGUGAUUGCAAGCAGGGAUGCGGACAUAUCCGAAGACGAAAACCUACCUGAAGAUCAUGAUGAGAGCGUAACUGGUGUCGUGCGUAUGAUUGAGACUGUUGAUGAUGCCACGAGGGGACGGAAGCGUACCUUGUCCACGACCUCAUUGGAUGACCUCGAGCCCGAAGAGCCGCGUGAAAUGGAAGAAGACGAUGCCGACGAAUAUAUUCCGGACAAGGAUGAGGGUGCGGCUGAGGAUGAGGAUGAGGAUGUUGAGAUGACGGAUCAGCAGGGUGACAUUAUUGAGAUGUCAGUUAGCGUCAUGGAUACCACGAUGGACGGUCCAACAUCCAAGUUCGUCAAAACCGAAAAUGGACGUGCGCCACGUACGAUACUCAAUCUGAAGAAAGAAAAGCCGAAGAAUUCUCACUUGCCCAGCGCUGUUCAGAAUCUCAGCUUUCGUUCCAUAUUUAUUCCAACGGUCAUGCACUGGGUCGGCAACAACAGCUAUCCAUGGACCAUCCCCGAUGAGAAACUCUCAGACGUUCUCGAGGAUAUAUUCAUGGCGGUGUGUAAGCAGCCUGGAGACUUUAGGAAUGAUGAUGGCUGUAAUCUUGCCUUCAACGUCGUAUGCCAAAGGAUCUCUGAAUGGAGAGGCAACUUCGGCUCCACCGCUAUCACGAUUCUCAUGGCGUUUUUCGCCUCCACGGACGAAUUCAAGACCAAGGAGGCACGCAAAGACUAUGCCGAAUAUCAACUUGAAGAUUCGCGCUUUGUAUAUGAAGAUCCGGAUAACGAAGACUCACCUGGAGCUUUCCUAUCGGAAUUCAUCUUGCGCAUCUUCGCUGUUCAACUCAAUGCCACCCAAGGACGCCAGAUAAUUGACUCGCUCGACUUCGGCUUACCUGGAUAUCAAACGGCCCUUGCACUGACCACUGCAGCCGCCGAGCGUGCACUUAUUUUAGCUCGCGACGACCUGAUUGUGGAAGAUACUUCGGACCACGGGAAACACAAGAUCGCGUUGACUCUCAAUCAGUCCACAAACAAAAUGAGUAACACAGGCACUGCUUUUUCUGCGGGUAAUUGGGAGACUGAUACACUCGCGUACAUGGAACGGAUCGAGGAGCUGCCCUUCGACCGCAUCAAAGAAAUUGUGGAACGAUCUCAGGCGUACAUGAAGCGUGCUCGCCGCAAGGACGAGUCUACUAUUCUCGAUGGUGAAACCCCCGUCAAUCCACCACGCCUUGACCGCCUUGAACUCGUUGACGUCCUUAUUUUCGCCUUAGCCACCUUGUCGCGGGCGUCGCGGUCGUCGCGGUCGUCGCGGGCACCAUAUCGCAGCACCCCCCAAAUAUGGAAAGAAGGUGCCCGCGAUGACCGCGACGACCGCAACGCCCGCGACAAAGUGCUGCGACACUUGUCACUUGAGCAACUUGUGUCGUUUGAUCCUCAAGAUUAUGCACUAGCAAUGGUCAAAUUUGUCAUUCUACUAGACUUAAUCCAGCACAUGUAUAGCUACUAUUAUCCUACUAAUGCAGCGCCCUCAACAAUACUGGGCUAACAGGAAUCAAGGAGGCGGUAAGGGACGGAGUGAUGAUGUUGAGAACUGGGUAGAUGGUUUUCGAACAUGGUGUACUAUCAACUGCACGCUUCAAAUGACUGCGGAACAAAACUCGUUCAUCAGGAAUGCCCCGGAAAAGUCAUAUACAUCCCAUACUAAUAACAUAUGUUACGAACACAAUGACAAUCGUGACCAUGCCCGCCCUACUCGUAUAGUACUACACCUAACGAAAAAUUAG